AUGCCUACCAUUCCAUUUACAGGCCCGCGGGGCAUGAGGCUGCCAAUGAUUGUGGUGGCUGCCACAGCCAUGAUGGCUGCUUCCAAGAUUAUCCACCACUACCUCUAUCUUGCAAAUUUGUCGCACCCGUCAUGGUCUCACCCGGUGGUACAAAAUUUUACAGCGGUUACGCGUCUCGGCUUCUCCAAUAGCAGUUUAAUAGUCGAGCAUGCGGCCAAUGGAACAUGGAACCCGGCGGACCACAUCCCCAAGACGGAGCCGUCCAAGUUUUACACGUGGUUUUUGGCCCACGAGUUACUCUUCUUCGCCAUUGGUGUCCCCCUGCAGUAUUACUGGCAUCUUUGGCUCGAGAGGAUACUGCCGAUGCGACCUCGUGGAGACGCCAGCGUGUCUGCGGAAAAAGUCAGUAUAGGAGAAGGUGAUCAAGUCCGCGAGGAAGAGAUUGUCAAGCGAUGGAUCGCGUCAGGCAAAGUGAAGCGAGCGUCGCUGAGCUACUGGAACACGUUUCUCAAAUGGAUACUGGAUAUUACUGUCGGCCAAAUCAUAUUCGGUGUGGUGGACCUUCUUCGAGCCAUUACCUGGAAGCGAAAGUUUACCUACAGCGGGCUCAAACUUGUGAUGGAAUGCGUCCUUCCUGCACUAUUGUACCUACCCAGCAUUUAUACGUUUGCGUCACUGCUUAGUAUGGCUCUUGUACCUGCAAGGCAUCGAGUUCUCUUUAAGCAGGGCAUGGGGCUACUUGGCUCGGUGUUUCUUAGUGUUGCCAUAUGUGUCAUCUACCCGCGGUUGCAGGUGACGAGCAUGGGACAGAGCAUGUUGAAGCAUUUUACGCAAGGGGCGUGGCUGGGAGCACACGAUGCAUAUGCGCGAGACAAAGCUGCUGCUCUCAAGGCGGCCAAUGAGGCUAUUGCUGCAGAGCUAGCGAAGCUCAAGACGUCGGUGCCAGAGAUUGGUGAUGCCGUGAACAAGGAGCUGUAA